AACCCUAGUCCAUCCAUGGUCGCAAGCCUUCAUCCAUCCUCCAGACGAGCCAUCCGUCCCAUUCCACCGCUAUUCCACCACUUCUGAGCACCUGCAGCAUUCUCUCCUGGCCUGGAAACCCUAGUGACAGCAUUUAGGGGGGCUACUCACCGUUUCUCUUGAGGAUAUCGUUCGCUGUGCCCGACGGCAACCACAUCAUUCCGCCGAUCGAUGACGGGCGCUAUGUUAUGUCAUCGUACUUAUCUUUGCAGUGCCGCUUGCUGAAAGCCUCAUCGACUCUGCCCGGCCUCUGCUUUUGUUUCUUUACGCUUCCCCCGUUAUAUACUGUUCAAUCGCUCGCCAGGAUUAAAAAUAUGGCGGAUUCUACACAAAACUUAUUCACUUGCCUGUCAUGUUCAAUUGCAUUUUACUUGGCCGAUGACCAAAGGGUACAUUAUCGGUCUGAUCACCAUAGGUACAACAUGAAACGUCGUGUUGCGGGUCUAUCCCCCGUCAGUGUAGAGAUUUUCAGCCAGAGAGUGCUUGAACGACAGUCCGAGACUGCUGUUGCUGCCUCGUCCAAAUUUUCGUCUUGCACAGUUUGCGGUAAGACCUACACUACUGAAAAUGCCUACCGAUCCCAUAUGAGCUCGAAGAAGCACAAGGAAAAUGAGCAGAAGGCGGCUAAGCGGGCGUCCGAGCCUAGGAAAGAACCUACUCCUCCUGCAACUGUAGAAGAGCCCGCGCCGGAGAGGCCAGCUCCUUCGAUUGGCAUCUCACUCACCGUGGCCCCUAAUGCAACCGAGGAAGAAAUCAUACAAACGAUCGACGAAAAGAUUGCUGCUGCCCGGGCUCGUCUGUCUCCCUCACACUGUCUUUUCUGUCUCUCAGCGUCUUCCUCCACGGAAGAGAACCUUGCUCACAUGUCUGCUGCCCAUUCUUUCUUCCUUCCCGAUACCGAAUACCUCGUCGAUCUCUCCGGUCUUUUGACUUACCUUGGAGAGAAAAUUGCCGUCGGAAACGUCUGCAUCUACUGUGGCGCCGAGUUCCGGACAUUGGACGCCGUCAGGAGACAUAUGCUGGACAAGGGACAUUGUAAGAUUGCGUACGACACCGAUCUCGAACGGUUGGAAGUAUCCGACUUCUAUGAUUUCAGCACUUCUUAUCCUGAUGCGGAGAAACGGACGAAGGCCCAGCGAAAGAAGGAGACACAUGGGGAGGAUGAGAAUGAAGAAUGGGAGGAUGUUGAGGAUGAUGGAGAGGAAGCUGAUGAGGUUAUCGAGGUCGCUGAGGGUGACGAGGAUGCUGAUCUCGACGAAUACGCUGCUCGAUUGGGUGACACACCGUACGAGCUCAUCCUACCUUCCGGAUCACGAGUCGCACAUCGUCAUAUCCAUGGUCACCAUCGAACAUCACAUGUGGUUGCUCUUAGGAGAACACGACCUGGAGAAGAUGCAUCAACUGUAGCUGAAAACCGUAGGCUGCUGCGUGAUAAAGGCAAUAUGUUGGUGCCAAGAAAUGGUGGCUUCGGUGCCUAUGCUUCAGGAAUGGACUUAGUGAAGGCUCGCAAUCCUGGUGAAGCCAGAGAAGCGGGUCGCCAUGUAAAGGAAUUCCGCGAUCAACAACGGAGGGAGCAUUUCAAGACCAAGGUUGGCUUCAGGCACAACUACCAGAAACAUUUCCGGGAUCCUCUGCUCCAGGUAAGUUCAUACUGUCAGUCAUUCCGCACGGCCUUAUUGCUCACAUUCACCUUUGUAGUGAUCCUCCUCACACCGCCAUACCUAUUGUGUAUUGAUUGAAUUGCCAUAACACAGUAUAAGAUAUGUAUAACAUCUCGGUGUAUCGUUGGACCUUCAUUUUGCAUUGCUGUUGUAUCAGUUCUUCAUUAUGGUCAGUUCGGAACAAUUGUAUCAUGGAGUGCAGUCAUGUUUUGAAAUUGGGUAAGGUUAACAGGUGAGAGGAGUAUGUUCUGGAGACAAUGAACGCGGUUGCCCAUAAGCAAAAUAUCCAUAUAUGUCUAUGUCUAUGCCUUGUCCCCCUUUAUAACAAGAUCGCCGAAAUCAACGGUAGUUCC